GGGGGGGCGGCGAGGGGGGGGGGGACGGAGCCCUCGACCUGGAAGCGCUGCUGUUGGCCGCGGAGCCGCAGGAGCCCAAGUGCUUCACGCGGGCGCUGCUGGAGCUCACGUGCUUCUGGGAGAGCGACGGCGACCCCGACCCCCGGCGCUUCCGCCUGCAGUACUGGCUCGAUGCUGCUGGGCCCCCCCGAGAACGUGACCGUGGGGCCGGGGGGGGACCGGGGGCAGCUUUGUGUGCGCUGGGACCCCCCCCCCCAGCCCCUACCUCGAGUCCAGCCUCAUCUAUGAGCUGCUGCUGCGGGUCCCGGGGCUGCCCCCCCGCACGGUGGGGGUGGCCGCGGGGCGGCGGGAGCAGCGCGUGGGGGCGCUGCGGGGGGGCAGCGCGGUCACGGUCCGGGCCCGGACCCGCCCCGACGGCGUCAGCUACGACGGGUUCUGGAGCCCCUGGUCCCGGCCCGCCAGCGCCGUGACCCCCCCCGACAUGGACCCGGUGACGCUGGGGCUCUCCUGUCUAUUGGCCAUCCUGGUGCUGGCGCUGGUGCUGCUGGGGCUGCUGGGGCACCGCAGGCUGCUGCAGGAGAAGCUUUGGCCGCCGGUGCCGGGCCCCGAGCGGGAGUUCGAGGGGCUCUUCAGUGCCUAUGGGGGCAACUUCCAGCUCUGGCUCUGCCACGGGGUUGGGGCUCCCUGGACCCCCCCUGCGGGGGCCCCCGAAGCCGAGGAGCUGCCGAGCACCGUGGAGGAGGUGGGACCCCCCCCGGGCAAGGGGCCGCCCCCCUCCGAGGGGGACCCCCCCUGCACCCCCCCAUGCGCCAGCCCCUCGCCCGCCUCCAGCUUCGAGUACACGCUCUUCGACCCGGGCUCAGCCCUUCUGACCCCACGAGGGGCGCCCCCCGGUCCCGGGGACCCCCCCGGGACCCCCUCGGCCCCCCCCCACGGGUCUUAUGCCAACCUGGCCCCUCUGAAAGGGGCCCCCUUCAAAUGGGUUGAUGGGGACGCCCCUGCUGAUGGGGACCCCCCCACCUAUGUGAUCUGCUCCUAAUUGGGGGGAGGGGGAUCGCGUUGCUCUGAUGUCAUAUGGGAUGCCGUGACGACGGAGGGGAUGCGCUGCAGUGACGUCACACGGGGACGCUGUGACGUCAUAACGGAGGGGAUGUGUCACCCUGAUGUCACCCGGACGCUGUUUGACACCAUCGCAAGGGGGGGGGGAUGUGUCACCCGGACACCCCAUAAUGUCCCCCUGACGGACAGCUGGGGGUGGGGGGGCGUCACCCGCUUGUCUUUGCUUUGGGGUUGAAUUCCUGUUGUCAA